CAUGUUUGUAAACAGGUUUGUAAGAAUCAGUUUAAUCUUGUGGGCUCAGUAGCGAACGAUUUAGCAUCGAGACUUGCAAAAAGUGUUGUACAUCGUGAAGAACUCCACAUCGAAGAGGAACGAACCCCAAAGAUUUGAACCGUCAACACCACAGAAGACGCUCCAGCACCGCAAUGCUAAUACUGAUCUCUCUUUUCGCCCUCACCGCCCAGCUAGCACAAAGCCAAAACCCAUCACCAUGUCCACAAAUCUUCUCCUACGAACCUCGCGUCCAAGAAGAAGAUCGUUGGUACGGAGUUAUAUCUCUUCAAACCCUUGAAGAUCUAGACGGCGUCUGGUUAAAAGUGAUCCUCGAUCGACCAGCAGAACUACUAGGGAACUGGUUCGGUGAAACCGUCUCCAGCGACAACCAAGAAUUCACGAUAAAAAAUCCCAGAUAUAAACUGGAGGCCGGACCUCCUGUAUCGGUGAGGUUCUUCGUCAAGUACAACCUCGCCGCUACCAUCCCUAGUGUUAACACGAUUAGACUAAAUGGUAAAACUAUCUGCACGUCGGGCAGAGAGGAAGUGGCAACCACUACUCCUCAGUUGCACAUCAGUCAGAUCAGACCCAAUGGUGGUAGUAAGGUUACUCGACCCAGCAAUACACCCGCGGGAAGACCCAGCGACGAAGGCGCGUUUUUGAACAACAGGGAGCCGGUAAGCUCCUCGAAUUAUGGAAGUUCGAUGCAGGAGAGACCGAGUAGUUAUGGGACUUCUUCGCACGAGAGACCCACCAAUGUGGGGACUUCGACCCAGCAAAGGCCCACGAAUGUGGGGACUUCGACCCAGCAAAGGCCCACGAAUGUGGGAACUUCGACCCAACAAAGGCCCACGAAUGGUGGGACUUCGACUCAACAAAGGCCCGCGAAUGUGGGGACUUCAACGCAGCAAAGGCCCUCGAAUGUGGGGACUUCGACACAGCAAAGGCCCGCGAAUGUGGGGACUUCGACGCAGCAAAGACCUAGCAACAAUAACUACGGGAACGGGAACCAUAGAGGAUCGUCGCAGGAAAGGCCGGAUAGUUACAACAGUCAAGAGUCCAGUAGUCACGAGAUCUACACCACAAGCAGACGCCCAAGUAGUAGCCAAUCCAAUACCAUCACCAAUAAUCAAAGGGAACCUUCAGAUUCAGGUACGCAUUCCAAUGGCUUAUCUUUCGAGAAAGAAGAACCUUCAGACGACUCUGACUUCUUCCCAGGUGAUUUCGCCAUCCAUCGACCCACUCAUUCUCGGCCUCCAUCCAGACCUUCUUCAGUAAGCAAACGAAACGUUGCUUGUGGUACGGUCGGCAUGAAAGCUAGUCCCCUUAUAUCGUACGGCCAGAACACGACACAAGGGCAAUGGCCAUGGCAUGCGGCUCUAUACCACACCCAAGGAGCUCAGUUGACGUAUACUUGUGGGGCUACCUUAAUAUCGGAGAAUCACAUCCUGACGGCCGCACACUGCGUGGCAAAACCCCAAACCAAUAGACCAAUCGAUACGAGAAGACUCACUGUCUAUCUGGGCAAACACAGUCUGAAAAAAUUCGGCACCGGCACACAAGACAGAGAAGUAUCUGACAUUUUCAUACACCCUCAGUACAAUUAUAGUGUUUACUUUAAUGAUAUUGCAGUUUUAAAGCUUAAAAACUCUGCUGACAUUACAAACUAUGUCCGACCUUGUUGUCUGUGGGAAGGUGCCGUGGAUUUGGAGUACGUCCUCAACAAAUUAGGGACCGUGGUGGGCUGGGGUUUUGACGAAAAACGGCAAAUCUCUGAUACGCUCAUGCAGGCACAAAUGCCUGUCGUUUCUACCGUCAACUGCAUCUACUCAAACCGGGAAUUCUUCUCGCAGUUUACUUUCGAGAAAACGUACUGCGCCGGCUUCAGAAACGACGAUUCAGGGACAACUGUAUGCAACGGUGACUCUGGUGGUGGCAUGGUCUUUCCGAGGAGCGGAACGAACGGGCAGAACACCGUGUGGCAGAUUAGAGGGAUUGUUUCUGUCGGAGUUGCGUUGCAAGGGCAAGGGGUGUGCGACCCGAAGCACUACAUCGUUUUUACUGACGUGGCAAAGCAUGUAGACUGGAUCAAACAAGUUAUGAACGAAUGAAAAUUAUGCUUACUUACGUAAUGCUCAUAUUGUGAUAUAUGUACUUUAAUUAAAUACAUUUUUUAAGUCCAAGUGGAA